CUCCAGAGAACACACAGUGUGGGAAUAAUAAUCAGAAAGCUAUUCGUGACUUGUUGGAGAUAUCAAUGACAAUGUCUCGGAUGCGUUCGUGGCCGGCUAUUCAUCGGCAUCUCCACGUUUGGGGGCUUUGCUAUCACGACGCCUCACGACCACCUUCUCAAGGUCGAGUAAACUUCCGCGCGGCGCACUAACGAGUGUUAGUGUGCAGAAGCUAAGAUACUUUAAGUCGGUGGGACCUUCACAUUGGCUCUUCUCAUUCGUUCGGCUUGGCAGCUGGGCGCCAGUUAGUAGUCGCCCACUGUUUGAUGAGGCUUUCCUCGGGCGGUACACUUCGAAUCUGAGGGUCAUUAGCUCGGUGGAUGCCAGUACGCGUCCCAUUCGAGUGCUCAGGGGCAGAUGGCAAAUCAGGGUGGCCGAAACGAGGAUGGUAGGGUAUUAAUGGCCACAGGAGGUGAAGCCACCAUGGAUACUUCUUCGUCGGAGGGCAUUUAGACAUUCACAUUCACUCAUUCACACGCUCUCUUCGCAUCCUCAAGUCUUUCUUUAUUUCAUUUUUGCGCUUGACCGACCCGAAGGAGGCCGUCCUCCCGUUUCACUCGCUAUAACUACAUUUCGCGGCAGCUAUUGUAUCCGCUAGAAUCUUUCUCACCAUGAAGUUGUCUCUGCUGUCGCUGGCGACGCUGGUCACGGCCGCCGUGGCGGAUUUGGACCCUAUUGUGAUAAAGGGUUCCAAGUUCUUCUAUUCCAGCAACAACACCCAAUUCUACCUCCGUGGUGUCGCCUAUCAACAGGAUACCAGCGAUAGCAGCAGCUACAAGGAUCCCCUGGCCGAUGCCACCGCCUGCAAGCGUGAUAUUCCCAUUCUCAAGGAGCUGCGCACCAACGUCAUUCGGACCUACUCUAUCAACGCCAGUGCCGACCACUCCGAAUGUAUGAAGCUGCUGUCCGAGGCAGGCAUCUACCUGAUCUCCGAUCUGUCGGACCCUACGCAGUCUAUUGACCGUAGCGACCCUAACUGGCUCACCGGCGUGUACUCUCGCUACACCAGCGUUAUCGACGAGCUCUCGCAAUACAACAACACGAUCGGCUUCUUCGCCGGUAAUGAGGUCGCUAACACCGUUGCUACUACCGACUCGGCCGCCUUUGUUAAGGCUGCCGUUCGCGACAUGAAGAAGUACAUCAAGGAGAAGGGAUACCGGUCUAUGGGUGUUGGAUACGCCACUGCCGAUGUCUCCGCCAUCCGCGUGGAUCUGGCUAACUACUUUGACUGCUCGAGUGACGAUGAGUCCGUGGACUUCUGGGGCUACAAUAUCUACUCCUGGUGCGGUAACUCGACCUAUUCCGAGUCUGGAUACAAGGACCGUACCGAGCAGUUCCGUAACUACACCGUCCCCGUCUUCUUCGCCGAAUACGGCUGUAACGAAGUCACUCCUCGCACCUUUACCGAGGUCAAGGCUCUAUACGGUGAUACUAUGGCGGAGGUUUGGUCUGGUGGUAUUGUCUAUAUGUAUUUCCAGGAGACUAACAACUACGGUCUGGUUUCCGUCGUCGACACCACCAGCGUGAGCACCAUGGCCGACUUCAAGUACUACUCUAGCGAGAUCGCCAGCGUCGACCCCACCGGUACCAACAAGGCCUCCUACACCCCGACCAACACCGCUCUGCAAAGCUGCCCGACGGUAGGAAGUGGCUGGCAAGCCAAGUCCUCGCCCUUGCCCCCGACUCCGGACGCCAACCUCUGCGACUGCAUCUACGAACAGUCCGCCUGUGUCGCUUCCAGCAGCCUCUCCAACACUAAGCUGGCUAAAUUGCUGAGCACCGUUUGCGGCUACACUGACUGCAGCGGUGUCAGCGCCAACGGGACCACCGGCGAGUACGGUGCGUACAGCAUGUGCGAGAUCAAGUACAAGCUCGCCUUCGCCCUGAACAAGUACUACGAUGAGCAGGACAAGGACUCCAGUGCCUGUGACUUCUCCAGCUCUGCCUCGACCAAGGCCACGACUGCCGCGACCGGUACUUGCUCCGCUCAGAUCAAGGAAGCCGGCACUGCUGGAACUGGUACCGUGACCACCGAGGCCACCGCGACCGCCGACUCGUCUUCGAGCUCGUCUACUUCCUCCAGCGCCGGUGCUCCUGUCAACCUCCAUUCCAGCGUCACCGUUGGUUACUUCCAGAUCGGCGCCUACGUGGCCACUGCCUUCCUGACCGGUCUGGGUAUGAUCCUUCUGUAAAUACCGGAUUGGAAAGCAUUGCGAGAAUGGCGUGAACUUUUUAUACACUUCGCGUCAUGUUUUAUUUGCUAUAAUGUUUCCGCAUGAGAGUGGGAUCCGGAUCGUAUAGACUGUCACUCCGGGUUAUCGAAUACUGACGAUGCAGCUCCUUUCUCCUCUCAUAGCAAAUGAAACUUGUCUUCUCUUCUACAUGGGAUCUUCUAUUUAAGGCAUAUGGAUACCAAG